CUGACCUGUCAUCAGCUCGCGCUGUUUUGCAUGUUAUUGGAGUUUUUCAGCAUAAUUUAUUUAAUAAAGCAACUUUCUGUGUUGGUUCAGAUCUCUGAGAGGAUGAGCGUCGGCUGCGACACGAGCGUCAGGCGGAUUCUCCGCGCGUCUCAACGCUUCAGGUCCACUAAAGGGGCGUCCAAAGCCCGGCGAGACCACAUCAAUGGAGAGAUCCGGAACAUGCGGGCGCUGCUGCCUAUCUCUGCUGAAGACCAGGAGCGUCUGUCCUACCUGCACUCCAUGUCCCUCAUCUGCACCUACGUCAGGAAGAGCGUGCUCCUCAAAGGAGUUCACCAGGACGCGGGUGCAGUUUCUCCUCUGUGGGAGAGCUUUCUGCAAGCGCUGCCUGGAUUUAUUGUGGCUUUGACCAGAGACGGGAAACUGGUCUAUGUGUCUGAAAAUGUGUCCGAAUAUCUCGGCCUGUCGAUGGUCGAUGUCCUUCAGGGAGACACUUUCUAUGAUAUGAUGGACAGUCGUGAUGCAGAAGCGGUGAAAGUUGUUUUGAGAGAGCAGGAUGUCUCCGCAGAGCGCAGCUUCGUGUGCCGCAUGCACAGCUCCAAAGCGCUCCGGCUCCAGUACAGCAGCUGCUGCUCCAUGCUGGUGAGGGGGCGAUUCCAGGACGGCCCGCCGGACGCCGCUCUGUUUGUGGCCCUCUGUACGCCCACAGUCAACAGACUGAAGGACAGCGAGCUCCUGAGGGCCUCCGCCUGCUUCCAGACGCUCCACAGACCGGACAUGAGGCUCACUCACGCCCCCUACAGUGUCUUGUUCCACCUGGGUUUCUCAGCAGAGGAGCUGAUUGGUCGAUCGUGGUACGAGCUCCUGCAUCCGGAUGACCUCACGCUCGCCGCCCGCUGCCAUCGCACACUCAGUGAGUCAACACAAAUAUACACAUCUGUGGAAACGUUUGGGCUCGGCACGGACAGGUCAGGGCUGUUUCGCUAA